AUGUACGGCCAGCCCAACAUGAUGUCCUACCAGCCUGGCGUGUUGUCGCCUCCCAUGUCCACUGGUGUGUCGGUGGUGCCCAACUACGCGCCUCCUUACCAGAACGGGAUGCCGCCGGGCUCGGUGCAGCAGCACCAAGGUCAGGGCCCGGCCCAAGGUCAAGCCAUGCCGCAGACGCAGCCGCGGCCACGAAACAACGAGGUUGGCAACACCAGCUCCGUCAUUCACAUGCGCAACGUGACGCCCGAAGUGACACAGCUUAGCAUUCAGAAUCUGGCCCAGAACUUUGGCGACAUCAAGCACAUCGUGAUGCUGCGCCAGAUGAACCAGGCCCUUAUUGAGAUGAAGAGCCCCAAGAGCGCUGAGCAGCUGGUGGACUUCUUUAAGGAGCCCGGCUACGCGGAAAUCGAUGGCCGCCGCGUGUACAUUCGUUUUAGCACCCACCAAAACCUUACGGCCACGCAGCACGCGACUCGCACCCUUCUGGUGUCGAUGUUCAACACGCAGUAUGACGUGUCUGCCGCGGCGCACAUUACGCCAGAGAUCGUGUACCAGAUAUUUGCUAGCUACGGCACCGUGGAGCGCAUCGUGGUGCUGCCCAAGAACGAGAGCAGUCAAUGGAACCACAACCGCGUUCAGGCGCUCGUCCAGUUCGACGCUCGCGAGUCCGCCGAGCACGUGAAGAAUAUUUUGCAGGGCCAGCCUGUCACCCUCGGCGAGACCAUCACGUUCACCCUCGACAUUCAGUUCUCGCGCAUGGACGAGAUCAAGACGACAAACCCAACGACGUCGCUUGUCGUCGACGAUGAAGGUGCCCACCGCCCGGCUAGUACAAUGGACCCCAUGGCGAUGAACACAGCGACGAUGACGACCACCGGCAUGUAUCCGCCGAUGGGGUGGAGCUAA